GCAGAUCUCCGAUGCUUAAGUGCCACUCCGGAGCACGCAUCAGGCUUUCUCCGGUACCCAGCGGCUGACGAUGUCAACCUGGCUUUUGUUUUCAUCUACUUGUGUGGUGUUCGGUUGGUGCCUGGGCUUUGUACUGCCGGCGCCGACGUGCCUCAACACCAGCCGUCCCAUGGAUGAGGUGUACACGUGCUCCGAACUCAGCACUGCCAGUGAUUUCUUCAAACACAUGGAGCGCCCUCAGCUACAUCCUCGCCUGACGUUCGUUCUCAGGGACAGUCGCGUUGAGAACUUGCCGUCAGGUGUCUUUCAAGACUUCAACGCUACAGUGCUGGAAUUCAGCAACGUCACAAUCGAAGUGUUCGGCCCAACAGAGCCGUCGUUUUUUGCUGGGCUCGAAGACACGCUCGAAAAGAUAAUUUUUAGGGACGGCAGUAGCCUGCCGCAAACCUGGGGAACGCUGAAAGUUUUGAGAAAAUUGAAAAUAUUAAGACUCUCACAUAUGAAAGAUCUCGAUUUGUCCCAGGACAUGAACCAGUUAUCAUCGAGUCUAGUGGCAGUGGAAGUGCUUUACUCGAGCAUUGUGCACGUCGACGAGGACUGGCUUGCUCAGACAAGCGGAUUGGAGUCGCUGGUCAUCCGAGACUGUAAUCUGAAAGUUUUUCUUAGGUCCAUGUUGCCAAGACCAGCUCCUAAGCUCUGGAAUUUGGACUUGGUCAUGAACAAUAUAACUCAGCUACCAAAGGACUUUGGGCAGGAAUUUCCGACCUUGAAAUUUCUGGACCUUCAAUCGAACCAGAUUAGUGCCAUUGAAAAGGAAUGCCUGGCACCUUUGCUAACAAGCAAGGCGGAGGCCAUCGAACUGGGCGAUAAUCCUCUGCAUUGUGACUGCCAAAUCGGACACCUGCGCCUAUUCUCAGAGAGAGUCCUGAGCGCCACUUGCAACACCCCUGAGACGCUCAGAAGGCGUCAAGUUCACACGCUCACCGACGAGGAGCUGCAAUGCGAUGCAUUGGUCUGAUCAUCCCUGGACGACACACGAUGCAAGCGGAAACGAGUGGAAAUUGUCAACGCGGAGACAGCCGCUGCUGCGGCUGUCCUGGCUGAUUGCUCCUUCAUGAAAAUAAAGAAAAAACAAGCAGCUGAUAAAGGAUAUUCCUAAAACUUACAUAAUUGCGACUAAAUAAAGAGUAGAGGAAAAACUA